CAGAAGGCGAUGGCAGUUUUGCAAUGGAUUGCGCUCAUUCUGUCGUUUCUAGCAGCGAUUCAAGGUGUUGUGGAUGGUUAUUCGGUUGACAUUGGUGUUAACUAUGGAUUGUUAGGGGAUGACCUACCUAAACCUAGAGAAGUGGUUAACCUCUUCAAGGCGUAUGGUAUUGGCAAGGUAAGGCUGUUCAAUCCUGAUCCAGAUGUACUCUGGGCACUGAGGGGGCAAAACAUUGAUGUCAUGGUAGGCGUUCCUAAUGAAAACUUAAAAGCUUUGGCAGAAAGCCAAGGUGCUGUGAACAACUGGUUUGAUAACAAUAUAGAGCCCUACCUAAAUGACGUUAACAUCUACUUCAUCACCGUUGGCAACGAGGUUAUUCCCGGUCCCUUAGGAAACUACGUUUGGCAAGUAAUGCAGUAUCUACAAAACAUCCUCGACGAAAGGAGCUACCGUGGUAUUAAAAUCUCCACUGUUAUACCAGGGACUGCCUUAAAAACUUCAUUUCCACCUUCAAAGGGUGAAUUCAACGGACAGUCGAGCGGUGUCAUGACUUCCAUUUGUGGGUUUUUACUUUUUCGAGGAUCGCCACUUAUGAUUAAUGUGUAUCCUUACUUUGCCUAUGCAUCAAACCCUACCAAAGCUCCCUUACAAUAUGCUCUAUUUAAUUCAUCAACACCCGUACACGACGGGAACUUGAGCUAUUACAGCCUGUUUGAUGCCACCGUUGAUGCUUUUAUCUCAGCAAUGGAGAGAGUCGGGGGAGCUGGUGUCGAGGUGGGGGUAUCGGAGAGUGGCUGGCCUUCUGCCGGGAACGGAAUUUUCACUAGUCCGGAGCUUGCUGGUACAUAUAACCGGAAUUUCAUGAAACGCGUAACCUCCCUGAAAGGGACACCAAAACGACCUGGUCAUUACAUCGAAGGCUUUAUCUUUGCCCUGUUCAAUGAGAAUCAGAAACCAGCUGGUGUGGAGCAAAAUUUCGGACUGUUUUAUCCUACCAUGAAACCUGUUUACACUGUAUUUUAA